AUGCCCACCAAAAAAGUCAGUGACGACAUGCGCCGUCGUUGUGUUAUGGCUUGCGACAACUGCAAACGUCGCAAAGAGCGGUGCGAUGGUAAGACCCCUUGCCGAAGAUGCUCGGCAAGACGGCCUGCCGCAGAAUGUCACUAUUCAGGACAAAGAGAGACGUCUUCUCCGAACCAAAGUCUUCGCAUGCGCUCAACAAAAUUUAAAUGGAUUACGCCCAAAACUCCUGUUUCGACACAGACUGCACGCUGCGAGACUGGCGACUUCCUGGGUAGCCCAUUCUCCAACGUUUGUAGUCUUGUCUUUGACGAGAAGGGGGACAUGGUCUUUUUCGGAGACUCGGCAAAUGAAUCUUUUCUCCAGCAGAUUCAGCAUCUUGUUGCCCAAACUCUGGGAUCGUGUCCGUUUGUCGACCAUCCGAUAAAAUACCACACCGAUCCCAACACUGCUACUCCAUCAUCCAUAUCUUUGGUUACCAUUCUAGACCCUCCGCCCAAGCCAGGCAUCGCAGAAGCCAAAUAUUUCGUCAGAUGGAGUAUGCGAGCGACAAAUGGGUUGCUUGGUGUUUGUGACAAAGACAGCCUUGAGGCCGAAAUUUUGCAGUGGCUCGAACACUCCGACCAACCUCCAGACCUUUCGACCGCCUUUUGCUACUUGGUUCUUGCGAACGGUGCACUGCAAUGUCCCGGGGACCAGGUUGAAGUUGCCGAUGCGUAUUUUUCUUACGCGGCAUUUCUCAUUAAGCUAGCCUCCGAAGAGCGGCUCAAUCACAAGUCCAUCCUGUGUCAUUGCUUUAUCUUUUUUUACCAUCUCCAUACGGGGAGGCGAGAUGCUGCUUACCACUCUAUCGGAGUUGCAUGCCGUGGAGCAUGCUCUAUGGGUCUUCAUCUACCUAAUCACUCACCUCCUAUGAAUAAUGACAGCUUUGGUUUUCGCGACCGGCUGUGGAAGGCACUGCGGAUGAUGGAUAUCUUCAUCAGUGGUUCUUUAGGACGGCCUGUUUGCACAACCGAGACUCGUAACACAAAGAUGGAACAGGGAUAUUCUUCCGCCAUCGACAUGACAGCUAUCAUUGGCACCGUCCUGAAAGAGGUUUAUGGGACUUCCGCUAUUUCAAAAGAAUUCAUCGCGAACAUGACUCAGGAGCAUCGCUUGUGGGCAAAACGCAUGGUCCGGGGCCUAGAGGCUGAUGGAAUCGACGCGGCAUACAUUCUUGAAAAAUACGAUGAUGAACCCAACCUUCGACUUUGUCAUAUGAAGGAGUCAUACUACUGGUCAAUCAUGUUGCUGACACGCCCUGUUCUUCUCGAACGGGUGAAAGCUCGGAUAGUACGCGCCAGGCCUGAUGGAGACCAAGACUCCGAAUCAUCAGGCUCAGUUUCUGAUACUGCUCUCGUUUACGCCUCAGUUGACUCAGCUCUUCGAAGCAUCGGUUUACUUGAAGCACUUCUACCAAGAACAGAUUUGCCCAAGCAAUUACCAUUCGUGGUCCACUCGACAAUCACUGCUGCCUUGACGCUUGGUCUUGCCACAUUUGCAGAUCUCGAUCAAGUAUUUCCCCUACGAGGGAAUUUGAAAACAGCAGAUAAAUUACUGAAGAAGUUUGAGUUGCAUGACGACAUUGCUAGGUAUUACCGCCAAGUCUUGGAGCAGCUUCAAUCUGUGUGUAACGAGUACAUUGAGCAACGAAACAGUCGUAUCGUUAAACAGAAAAGCCAUUUGGUGACUGACCUGUUUGGAUGUUUGAAUGAAGAAGUACCCUUACCAAGUACAACAUUUGGUAAAAAGAACGCAUGGUUCACUGGCGAUAUCGAUGAGUUGGUGUUCCAAAGCCCUGUCGGUUCUUCAUCAACAAGCUAUUUGACAGAGGGGUCUUCUUUAGAGACAGAGACAGAGACAGACAAUAGCGGUGGAAGCUCGACUGAUCUAUCGCUAGACUUCCUACUGGGGUCACAGAUAACUGAUUUGUCUGAUUUUGGGGAUAUUUCAAACACCGAAACCUUCAAUCUCUCCAGUUUCGGCUGGCUCUAG